AUGCAGAGACUUCCUGUCGCAGUCGUACUGCUGUCGCUUCUGAAAGUGUCAGUAUGCGUUCAGGUGAACGUUCCCUACACGCAGUACAGCACGCUUAUGUUUGCCAAAGUGGUCCUCCGCUGCGACUACUCCACCUCUGCGGACCUCCAAAACGUUAUUCUCACAUGGACUUUCAAGUCCUUCUGCAUGGACCCUGUACUGCAGUAUUACUCCACAGCAUACCAGGCUCAACUACAGUUAGGGCAAGAUCCAUCAAACGAUUGUCCAGACCGUGAACGGACAAUACGCACUGUGCUCCAAAAGACAGGAAGCAAUCAGCCUAUACUGGGAGCAGAGUACCAGCAACGAAAGAUUACCAUCCAGAACCAGGCAGACUUGGUGAUCAAUGAGGUGAUGUGGUGGGACAACGGGGUGUACGUCUGCAAUGUUAAUGCUCCUGGAGACACCAGUGGGAUCUCUUACAAAGAAGUCAAACUCAUUGUCUACAACUGGUUAACUGUGUUGCUCAUCGUCAUCGGUGCCCUCCUUCUCAUCCUGCUCUUAUGCAUCUGCUGCUGCCAGUGCUGCCCUCAGAUAUGCUGCUGCUAUGUCCGCUGUCCCUGCUGCCCACAGAGGUGCUGCUGUCCUGAGAAAGCUGUGAUGCAGCAUCGUAUGGUGAAGCAGGCUCAGAAGGCCAUGAAUCCUUGGUUAGGAGGACAACCAAUAUAUGCACCACUGAGCCACGCCUCCACCCAGAUGAACCCAAUGCUCUACGCUGGGUCUGUUGCAGGGAGCAGCAUCCCUUUAAAGACUAUGCCUCUCCCUCCUCCUCAGUCUUCAGCUUACAGCAUGCCCCCUCCCAGUGUCCAAGGUAACCGCACACCAGCCAAUAACAAUCACAUGCUCGACUACCUGGAGAACCAAGUGAGGGGGUUGGACAUGACCAGUCCUCUUCUACAGCCACCCCCCCCACCUCACGCCCAGCACUAUGCACCUCCUGCCCAGCAUUAUGCGCCUCCUUCCCAGCACAUGCCCGUCAAUGUCCCAUUUUCACCAGGCCCCCCCAGCAUGAUCUCUGCCCUCAACGAUGGCCCAGCAGAGCGUCGUGUCAUUACACUUCCACCAAUAAGGGAGUCGCAGUUAGGCAGAGUUCCACCUCCUGCGCCCAAGACCCGGCCACCGAGUUCCAGCGAGAGCAGCCGCAGUGGCUACACUCGUCGCGACGAGCAAGGGGUAGCGGGCAGACGUUACCCGUCACCUACCAGAUCUAGAGGUAUUCCCCGAAGCUACAGCGAGGAGUCACUGGAUGGGCGGGGUCGCAGCCGGGCACGAGAAGGCAUGGACCGCCCUCGAUCCCGUUCCAGAGAUGACUUGUUUGACAGCAGGUCCAGAGGGAAUUACUCUCCCCCAGCAGCACGACACUCGAGGGGAGGGUCCUGGAGCUCAGAUGAGGGAAGCAGCAGAAGAGGGGCGGUGGGAGGUGCAAGGAGAGGAGGUGGAGGCUGGUCCGAUAAACCUCCCAGUUACACAGAGUACGAGCCAGGACAGAAACCAGGAGCACGAAGAAAUGAUUAUUACUCUGACAAGGCGUCUCGCAGUGGCAACAGCAUCGUCAUCUGA